AGGGUAACAUUCUAGAAAAUUUUUUUCCCAUCUCCCAAAAAAAAUAGUUGGCGCAUAAUACAUGUAAAUUGACCAUUUUUCUGUAUCAAUUUUUCACCAUUUAAUACGUUCUGUUAGGAAAACAAAGUAUACCACAAGAUGCAGCGUGAAAAGCUCUACAAUCUACACAGCAUAGUGCAUUCUAAAUGUGUAAUUUUUGUUGUCAAAAAAAGCGAAACUAUGUACGAUUAAUUUUUUGCCAUUGCAAAAAACUGAUCGCGCAAAGUUUCGCUGUUUUUGACAACAAAAAUUACACAUUUAGAAUGCACUUUGCUGUGUAGAUUGUAGAGCUUUUCACGCUGCAUCUUGUGAUGUAUUCUGCUUUUUCUUAAAAAAAUGUAUUUGAUGACGAAGAGGUGGAAAGAAAACGUACUUUUCGUUCGUAUAGAAAAAAACGACUUUUUUUACAACGGUGAAAAUUGACUGCAUAGAGUUUUGAUUCUUUUAAAACAAAAAUUAUAUAAUUAAAAUACGCUUUACUGUUUAGAUUGUACAGCUUUUCACGCUGCAUGUUGUGGUAUAUUUUGUUUUCCUAAUAGAACGUAUUAAAUGGUGGAAAAGUACAAUACAAAAGUGGCCCAUCGCCAACCAUAUUUUGGGAGAUGGGAAAAAAUUUUUUUAGAAUGUUACCCUAUGUAUCUCUGUUAUAAUAAGGGAUAGAAACAUGAAACUUUGGGGUAACGUUCGCCUACUUACAAGGGAUAAGACACCAAAGUUUGAGCACGUUUGGGUUUACUAUAAGGAAGAACGAACAAUUUUUCUGAGAACGACCAAGACUUUUGGCUCACCCUUUAUUCCUCAAGUUCUAAAUACAUAGUUCAUUUUCUGUAACGUGGUCGUUGCAGUAAAUCCACUCAUAUCCCUCAACUUUGAAAGAUGCUCAGUAGAUGCUGAUGAUGAUAAUGGAUUUGAUACGCGAGGUGUGUAAUAGCGUAAUGGCUUAGGAAAGAUAUGGAUACGGACUGUAACAGGAUUAUGACAUCACUCUUUCGUAUCGGUUGAUUAAGUACUUAAUUAUAAUUAAUUCAUCUUUGAAGUCAUCCAAUUUAUUAUAAAUCGAAGAGAAGAAUAGUAAGACUUAUAAUUCAAAUGUAAUCAUAUGUCGAGAGUGCCUCUUAGUGGAAUGAUUUAGACAAAUUGAUGCGAUAUAUGAUUGAUCAUGUCAUUUUCUUUUCUAUGUCCAAAAUACAAUGUUAAUGAAAGCGACAAUUAAAAGAAUGUUUACUUAAACCAGAUAUCAUUACGUGAGAAGUAGCAUCUAGUUCUGAAACAUAGAGCAGAACGAAUAGUUCAUAUUUCGCAACCGGUAUUUACUUACUCGUACACUGUACCGCUAUACUUCUGCACACCUCGUAAUCAUACAGAUAUGCAUUUUCAAUUGAAUUAGACAAAAAAUAAAGUUUUAGUUGAUUGAAUCUAUCUGUAGACAUCUGUCCCGUAGAAAAUCAGAUUAACAGAGAAAAAGAUUAUGUGAAAAUACAUUUUUGUUUUUUCAUUCGACUGAUGUUGUGUUUUUUUUUCGACAAUAAUUAACAUGUCGAAUCUUUGAUUUGAUAGAGAGAUGGUGUCGGUUACGUGUCAUAAAACUCGAACCGAUCCGAAGCCGAAAGAAAGUUAAAGAAGGCCAAAUCGAACCCGAACCGACGUUUUUCAAAAAAGCUAAAAUCGUAUCGGAAAGGAAUAUUUUUGAAUUUCUUCUGUAAUAACAAAGUCUACGUGAUUUGUAUUGUAACUUAUUCAUCUUAUUUCAAACGAUUGUCAUUCGUAAUCCUGCCACUGUGACAGAAGACUCUGUAUCAGAGGAUUUCCACAAUCGAUGGUUUCUAAAGGAGUGAUACCUUUGAUAUAAUAGAAGACUGUCCUUAUUUAUUUAGUUAAUAAGAAUCUAUAGCGUCGAUGAACAUAUUUAAUUGAAAAUAUGUCCAGUUUUUAGCAUCCUGUACCAAAAAUCAAUGAAGUCUAAAGUUCAAAUGAUGCAGCAUCUCUUUAAUCCCGAAAAACCCUUUCUGAUCCUGCAAAGUGUCGUGAAUUUUUGGAAAAUAUUUGAAUUAUUACUGGCUCUGCAAGAGAAGCCUAGUAUAAGAUUAUUCAUAACAUUUAUCUAGCGCGAUACAAUAAACAUCUGCUGAUUGUCUAUUAUAAAGGGAGGUUUAUUAUAUAUGUAUGUCAAAUCACGAGUUUUUAGUUGUUGGUAUUUAUUUAUACAUCUUAAUAAGACAGAUGUACUCGUAUUGCAUUGAACUUCAUUUCAUAGCUGAUUAUGUGAAUACUUUUUCAACACUGAAGGAUAUACCUGGUUCGUUCGUGUUUUGUUUUUAGUGAGAUGAAGAAAGACAAGAAUGUAUAUAAAUACUUUCAUUGCUGUUUAUGAAAACAUUUUGUUUACUCUUCAUGCUUUGCAUGCUCGGAUACUGAUCUAAACUAGAACAAGUUGGUACAAAACUAAACUGAAACCGAUGACUGUCAAGAGUUGCAGAUCGAGUAAUCGUCUCUGAUUUUUAGCAGACAAUUUAAAGAAGGCGAGUUUUUGAGCAAGAAAUGACUUUUAAAUUCAGUUCGAUAGGAAAAGAAAUCACUGAUUUUCAAACGUAUGCAAGAAUAAAAUGAUAAGAACGAUGAAGAUAGAAUCCGAAAUUGCAAGAUUUGACUUCUCUUUGCAAUUCAUUUAUAUAAUUUUUAUAUUUUAUUAUAAAGCAUAACCAGAUUCUGCAUAUUUAGAAUUUGCACAAGCGGAACAAAGAUUCACAAAUGAACAACUUGAAUAUUUACGUCACUAUUAUACAAUAAACAAAUAUGCUCAACUCGAUGAUCUUGAAGCAAUUGCCAACCAAUGGAAUAUUUAUGAUUUUCAUUUUUACAUGAGUUUACAUGAUUGGUUUGUUAGUCGACGGAUGGCUGAACGAGAAAUUGAAGAACGACGGUAUCAGGGGCGAAUAGCAGCAGCUUAG